AAGGAAUGGCUGGAAGGGGAGCUCAAGAGGUAGGUUCUUGUCUAAAAAAGUUUUUAGAAAAACACCUAGAUAAGAACAUCACUGAACUACGAUUAUGGAGUGACUCGUGUGGGGGUCAAAAUAGAAAUAUCAAAAUGUGCCUCAUGAUGAAAUUUAUUCUUCAGCAUCAUCCCUCUUUAAAAAUGAUAUCUAUGAAAUUUUUAGAAUCAGGUCAUAGCUUUUUGCCGAAUGAUUCAGAUUUUAGUGAUAUCGAAAAAGCAUUGAAAUAUCAGCAAAGAUUAUACGUCCCUCAAGAUUAUAUUAAUGUAAUUAAAACAUGUAGGAAGAAAACCCCAUUUAAGGUUACCGCAAUGGAAAAAAUGGACUUUCGAAGUACUGAAGGUAUGGAAAAAGCUAUUAUUAAUAGAAAAGUUAAUACGGAAGGAAACAAAAUAAACUGGCUCUCCGCAAAAGAAAUUCAAUUGAGGAAAGAUCAUCCCUAUAGUUUAUUUUUAAGAACCUGUCAUUCUACUGAAAAACCGUUUGAGGAAAUUGACCUAACACCCAAACAAAACAUAAAAAAAUAUCACCCCUUUCCAGAAAGCUUAGAAUUACUAUGGCCUGAAGGAAAUGCUAUUUCUACUCCAAAAUUAAAGGAUAUCCAAUCAAUUCUUCAUUUGAUACCAUCAUCAGAACAAGAGUUCUAUACCAGUUUAUUAUCAAAUGAUAAUGUCGUUGAUGACAUUGAUGGAUUCAAUGCAGACGUUGACUUUGAAUUUGAAAAUGUCUAG